AUGGAGUCCAAAGGCUUUUCCUUUUGUUUAUUAUGUGUUUUUGUCACGAUAAACUUAUGCAAUGGCUCCAGAUUGAGCUACUUCGACCAGACUCCUGUGAAGUCCAUUAAGGGUAGAGAUGGUGAUGUAAUAGAUUGUGUGGAUGCCUCAAAUCAACCAGCAUUUGAUCAUCCCUUGCUCAAGAACCAUGACGUUCAGAAAGGGUCGAGCAAUUCAGAUAGUGUUAACAAAUUAAAAAUGCAAUCUUGGCAACUCGAUGGGAGUUGUCCAGAGGGAACCAUUACUAUAAGAAGAACAACUCAAGAAGAUAGAAUCCGUGCAAACUCAAUCAACAGCUUCCGGGUCAGCAAGAACCAUGGGAGCAGUAGUAGUUUUCAAGCAAAUUCGGAUUCAAAGCCCCAUGGUUUCUUCCAGUAUGCUACGGUCCGUGUGGAGGGUGGCGAGUACUAUGGAGCAAAGGCAGUCAUGAACGUAUGGGCCCCCGAUGUGAGGCUUAAUGAUGUCAGUGCGUCUCAGGUUUGGGUUCUUGGAGGUUCUGAUUCUGACCUGAAUGCAAUUGUAGUUGGUUGGCAUAUUCUCCCAGAAUUGUAUGGAGAUAAUAGAACGAGGUUCUACACUUAUUGGACUAGGGACAACUAUAAAUCUACUGGAUGCUACAACCUGCUGUGUGAAGGAUUUGUGCAGAUCAGCAACAAGUUUGCUUUAGGGGCACCUUUUCAUCUCCUUUCUAACACAAACGCUUUAGAAAUCGAAUUUUCUGUGGUUAUCUUUAAGGGCAAAAAUGGUUGGUUGUUGCAAUUGGAUGAUUUUAUACUAGGCUAUUGGCCAUAUUCAAUAUUUACUAGUCUUAAAAACGAAGCGACUUUGAUUGAAUGGGGAGGAUUCGUAUUCAACUCGCAAAUUGAUGGAAAACAAAGUACACCAACUCAAAUGGGCAGUGGCCAUUUUCCUAAAGAAGGCCUUAAAAAAGCAAGUUACAUGAGACAACUUCAAGUAGUUGAUGAGAACUUGAAAUUAAGAAGUCUUGAAUCUCCGCAGCCCUUAGCUACUCAACCAAAUUGCUAUGAUGUAACAUUGGCUAACAACAAGCUUUGGGGAGAUUUCAUCUUAUACGGAGGUCCCGGAAGAAACCCUAAUUGCCCAUGA